GCUGCGCUCGGCCCAGCUCGGAGUUUAAUCACCAACAGUGUCCGGUUUCCUGUCCUCAUCCCCCACUCCACCCCCGCCAACCCUGCUCCCGCCCCGUUUCCCUGGCCCCUCCCUCUCCCCGGCCAGAUCCGCCCGCCGGCUCCCCCUCCCCCGAUCCCUUGGGUCCAGGGAUGGGGGGCCGGUGAGGCAGGCACAGCCCCCGCCCCAUGGCCACCCGUCGGAUCCAGAGGCGGAGGGAGCGCCGGGGGGAGCCGGGCACCGCCCUGCUGGCCCCGCUCGUGCUGGGCCUGGGCCUGGUGCUGGCCUGCCUCGGCCUCCUGCUGGCCGUGGUCAGCCUGGGGAGCCGGGCAUCGCUGUUUGCCCAGGAGCCUUCCCAGAGGGACCUGGUGGCAGAGGAAGACCCGGACCCGCUGGACCUGAACCCCCAGCCCGAGGAAAGCCAGGAUGCUGUUCCUUUCCUGAAACUGGUUCGGCCUCGCAGAAAUGCAUCUAAAGGCCAGAAACCACGGGCGCGCAGAGCAGUUGCAGCCCACUAUGAAGUUCACCCACGACCAGGACAAGACGGAGCACAGGCAGGUGUGGACGGGACGGUGAGUGGCUGGGAGGAGGCCAAAAUCAACAGCUCCAACCCCCUGCGCUAUGACUGCCAGACCGGGCAAUUUAUGGUCACCCGGGCUGGGCUGUACUACCUGUACUGUCAGGUGCACUUUGAUGAGGGGAAGGCUGUCUACCUGAAGCUGGACUUGCUGGUGGAUGACACGCUGGCCCUGCGCUGCCUGGAGGAAUUCUCGGCCACUGCGGCCAGUUCCCCUGGGCCCCAGCUCCGUCUCUGCCAGGUGUCAGGGCUCUUGCGCCUGCGGCGAGGGUCCUCCCUGCGGAUCCGCACCCUCCCCCAGACCCAACUCAAGGCUGCCCCCUUCCUCACCUACUUUGGACUCUUCCAAGUUCACUGAAGGGCCCCGGUUUCCAGGUGGCUUCUCCCCACGGCCGCUCUCUGAGCACCCCUGUCCCCUCUGUCCCACCCUGAGCUGCUCCUCCCCCAGACCUGCCUCUACCCCCGGAAGGCUGCCAGGGCUCACGUGAUGUCCAUGCCACUCAAAUAUUCCCAGCCUCGCUGACAGCUCUCCCCACCUCCAGCUCUCCACCUCACUAGCUCCCCAGCCCCAUUUAUCUCCUGACUCCCCAACCCUGGCUGCAGCCCCCCAGGACACUGUGUUUACUGUACUCUGGGUGAUGAUGGGUCGUCCAUACCCCCUCUUCAGCCACUAAGAGGGGCCAGAUGCCAGAGAGACUGGGACUAGGCCAGGAGUUCCCGAAUGUGAGGGGUCAGAGACCAGGACAGGCUCCUCCCCUGAUAAUUCCCUGUGGAUUUUUAAAACAGAUAUUAUUUUUAUUAUUAUUGGGACUAAAUGUUGAUAAGUGGAUAUUAAAGAGAAUAUGUCAUG